AUGAAAUCAAGUAAAAAACAAGAACGAUAUAAUUCAUUUACAAUUAUGGAUUUUCAAUUAUUUUCAUUUAUUGAUUCAAAUUUUAUUCUACAAAUAUAUCAUACUGGAGUUAUUUGUCCUAUACAACAUCAAAAACAAGUUUUGGAUUUAAUCGAAUUUUACUUUAAUUUACAUCCACUAAUUCCAAUAAAUCAAAAUGGAGAUUUUUUAACAAAAGAAGAAAUAUGGAAAAAGGCUCAAUAUCCAUUUUGGAGUAUUAAUGGAUUAACAAAUAGUACUGAUAAAAUCAAUUAUGAAGUCCAAGUGUUUGAUGAGUCAAGUCUUUUUAAUGUAAUUGAAAGCGAUAAUGAAAAUGAUCUAAAAUUAGAUGAAAUUAAAAAAAAAAUUGAAAAACAUGAAUAA